AACUUUCCUGAUCGGAGGCUAUUGUUUUUCCGGCUUAAAAAUUACAAGCCGACGGCGGGCAGCUGAGAUCGACUCAUUCAAGGUGACCUGUGCUCCACAUUUCUUGUUUUCUGUUUGGUUCUUAAGAAAAUGUAGGGAAUAUGAAAGGAAACCGUUUCAUAACAGUUGAUCAGAUCCAUGACAUUAGAAGUGACUUGGGUCUAGUCCAUUGAUAAUUUUCAUAUUCCUUUCUGUUUUCCUGUUAGCUAGUUGUUGAAAGAAGAUGGCAGAGGGUGAUGAUAUUCAGCCCCUCGUCUGUGAUAAUGGGACUGGAAUGGUUAAGGCCGGGUUUGCUGGUGAUGAUGCUCCAAGGGCCAUGUUUCCCAGCAUUGUGGGACGUCCACGGAACACUGGUGUGAUGGUUGGGAUGGGCCAAAAAGAUGCAUAUGUUGGGGAUGAAGCUCAGUCUAAGCGUGGUAUUUUGACUCUGAAAUAUCCGAUUGACCAUGGCAUUGUUAACAGCUGGGAUGAUAUGGAGAAGAUUUGGCAUCACACCUUCUACAAUGAACUCCGUGUGGCCCCAGAAGAACACCCUGUUCUGCUUCUCAGCACCUCUCAACGCAAAAGCAAAUCGUACUGGUGCUCUGAUAAAAUCUUGACCGAACGUGGUUACUCGUUCACCACUACAGCUGAACGUGAAAUUGUGAGAGACAUGAAAGAGAAGCUGGCAUAUAUUGCCCUUGACUUUGAGCAAGAGCUAGAAACUUCCAAAACUAGCUCUUCUGUUGGUAAGAGCUAUGAGUUGCCUGAUGGCCAAGUCAUCACCAUUGGUGCUGAGCGCUUCUGAUGCCCAGAAGUCCUUUUUCAGUCGUCCAUGAUUGGAAUGGAAGCUGUCGACAUUCACGAAAAUACCUAUAACUCCAUAAUGAAGUGUAAUGUCGAUA